AUGAAACUCAUAAACCUUCUCCUACUACCCCUGUUGGCCCCUCUCACUGUGGGUCAGCUCAUUGGCCCUGUUGGUCCUACAACUCCUCUCAAGGACAAGAGGAUCGAAUGCAACAUUCUUGAUUAUGGAGCAAAGGCUGGAAACACCACAGAUAUUGCCACUGCGCUUGAAACCGCGUUCUCGGAUUGCGUUCGCAAGCAUCCAGGCAGCCGACUGAUUGUUCCUGAAGGAGAGUACUUAAUUGGGCGAGGAGUCACUCUCAGUAAUGGCACAAAUUGGGCGUUUCAAUUGGAUGGGCUUAUCACUGCCACAUAUGGUGGCAACUGGACCAUUUCCAGUGAGUUGGUACUCGACGGAUUUGCAGGCACAGAGGCCAUCAAUGCAACUAUCAACGGAGAGGGCGAUUCUAAAUUUUUGCUAGAUGUGCUUGUCAUUGUCAACGCUCUUGAUUUUGAAUUUUACUCUGCCAAUGGCAAAGGCGCAAUCCAAGGACAGGGUUAUAUAUAUCGAAAUCUUGAUAAUUUCAAAUCUCCAGCACAGAUCGGCCUCGCUUAUCCCAAGUUUCACAUUGUCCUCGACUUUGCUGUCAAUGUCGAAGUCUAUCAUUUGACCAUCCGUGGGGCGAACCUGGGUAGUUACGACGGUAUCGACGCUAUUGGAACAAACUACUGGAUCCAUGACAAUGAGGUGACCAAUCGUGAUGAGUGCGUUUCAGUGAAAAGUCCCUCUCACUACGCCUUGGUUGAGAAUUUGGUAUGCAACCAAGCAGGCUCGGGUGUAUCCAUUGGAAGUUUGAAUGUCUCCGCCGAAAUAUCAAACAUCGUGGCACGUAAUAUCAGCAUCAUCCAGGGCAACAACAUUGCAUUCAUCAAGACAUAUCCCGGAGGGUCCGGCUACGUUACAAACGUUACCUUUUCAAACUUCCGGUCUUUGGCAAGCCUGUACGGCUUGGAUAUCGACCAAUACUGGCAGAAUACCUAUACACCUGACACCGGAUCGGUCACCCUGAGCAAUCUGCUCUUCCAAAAUUUCUCCGGCUCUGUUGCGAAUGGAGUUACACGUCCUCCACUUUACUUUUUUGCGAAUGAUCUGACAUUUGCUACAAACGUCACUGUUGAGGAUUUCAGCGUUUGGACAGAAACUGGUACUACGGUCGUUAACAAAAUUAGCAACAUCUUUGGUACUGGAGAUGAUAGCUAUGGGACAAAUGAUGGUAUCGAGUCUCUGAGUGAUGGGGAGUCACCUUCAUCCUAUACCAGCACCUACACAAUUACGGCAUCUCCAACCAAUUGGGUGGCUCCUACCACCCCUACAUGGGCUCUACCAAGUACUGGCUAUGGAACUGCUUCUCCCAUUCCGGUCUAUACGCCGGCUCCUUUGUGGCGUCCUGGUGGAGUGGAUUAUGAUUUGCAUUAUUGGGGAAGCUUCUAA